AUGGAUGGGUUCGACGUGCGAGCGACGAGCGAUGGGACGGAGACGCCGACGUUGAAGCGACAACACAGCUCCGGGGUGAGCAUGCUCAGCGCGAACCUGCGACGGAUCGAUAGUGGGUUGUUGCUGGACGAGACGCCGAGCGCGAGCGGGGCGCGAGAGACGAAAAAGUUGUCGCCGGAGGACUUUGAGAUUUUAAAGUUGGUCGGGCAAGGGGCGUUCGGGAAGGUUUUUCAGGUGAAGAAGAAGGAUUCGGGGGUGAUUUAUGCGAUGAAGGUGAUGAAGAAGGAUCGGAUCAUCGAGAAGGAUCAAGCGGAGUACACGCGAGCGGAGCGGGAUAUUUUGACGGCGGUGACGCACCCGUUCAUCGUGAGUUUGAGGUAUUCGUUCCAGACGACGAGCAAGCUGUAUUUAAUCCUCGAUUUCAUCAAUGGUGGGCAUUUAUUCUUUCAGUUGUAUCAGCAGGGAACGUUCGGGGACGAGCUCACAAAGUUUUACGCCGCGGAGAUUUGUCUGGCGGUUGGACAUUUGCACUCGCUCUCCAUCGUGCACCGAGAUUUAAAGCCGGAGAACAUCUUAGUCGAUAACGAGGGACACGUGAAGAUCACCGAUUUCGGUUUAGCGAAGAAGAUCUCGGAAGAUGGUCGAGCGAAUUCGCUCGCGGGGUCGAUAGAUUACAUGGCGCCGGAGAUUUUGAGCGCCAAGGGCCACGGGAAGACGGCGGAUUGGUGGUCCGUGGGGGUGUUGAUUUUCGAAAUGUUAUCCGGUACGCUCCCGUUCAAGGGGAAAAAUAAGCAGGCGGUGCAAAAGGCCAUCUGUAGCGAGAAGGUUAAGGUGCCAAAUUACUUCCAACCCGACGCGGUGGGGUUGAUUAAAGGGUUACUCGCCAAAGAUCCAUCGUUGCGUCUCGGUCGCGGGGAGACUGGCACCGCGGACGUCAAGGGGCACAAGUACUUCAAGAGCGUGGAAUGGUCGAAGAUCGCGCUGAAGGCGAUCAAUCCACCGUUCAAGCCGAACGUUCAGGGUCAGCACUGCGUCGCGAACUUCGACGCGCGCUGGACGGACGUCGAUCCCGUGGACUCGGUCGCCGCCACGCCCGUGUCCGGCGAGCAAGAAAAGUUUAUGGGUUUCACCUUUGUCUCAAACUUCAUGGAGGAAGCGGCCGUCAGGCUCGGUACGGCUGGCUCGCGCACCGCCGCGGAAGAAGACAUCGACGACGAUUUAUCCUCCGCGAGCGCGUCCGAGGAUGAGUCCCGCGCCGGACUCGCCGGAGCGAUGGACAAGUUGGAUUUAUCCGACGACGACGCGCCGAGCCUCAGGACCGCCACGCCCGUUCGCAAGGCCUCUCCCGCGAUGGACGUCAAGCGUGCACCCAUCCUUCGCGCCGACGCCGCCUCAUUUGCGCCCACUCGCAGGUAA